UUAUAAAAGCCAGGUGUCCCCCUGGCAAGAUCAGUUUACUUAUAGCUUUACAACGUAGUGCGUUGUUGUACCAGAGACAAUUCUUAUACUCGCCAAUCAUCAAAGAUGUCAUUGCUGCCAGUUUUGUUGAACGAGCUGCUGGACGAUUAUCGCAGGCCAGUCUGUGAUUUGGGAGACCAACAUUUUGGACUCGGUCUAUUUGACGAUGACUUGAGACCAAGCAGGUUGUUGUCUAAUCCUCUACGCUGCGGCUACGUCCGCCCUUGGAGGAACCUUGCAGCUGGGGAUUCUGGUCUUUCGUCCAUCGUCUCGGACAAGGAUGGGUUCAAAGUCAACUUGGACGUGCAGCAGUUUAAGCCUGAAGAGCUUAAAGUAAAAGUUGAGAAUGAUAUGGUUGUCAUUGACGGGAAGCAUGAAGAACGAUCGGACGAGCACGGUUUUAUCUCGAGGCAGUUCACGAGGAAAUACAGGAUUCCUAAAGACGUUGAUGUCAACGCUCUCAAAUCAAAUCUUUCCUCCGAUGGUGUCCUUUCACUCCAUGCACCCAAGCUGAUCUCCAAGGAGAAUCCUUCUCGUGAAAUUCCUAUCACUCAUACAAAUGCUCCAGCUUUGAAGCAGAAAAAGGACAAAAAUGAGAAAAUGGAAGAGUAAUUGUAAAAGAAAAAAUAAUCAUUCCAGUUUUAAGUGUGAUUUAAGUGUGAUGCCUUUGUUUUAAGAAUUGUUUUUUGUACCUUCAAUAAAAAUAAAUAAAACAAUUGUUGAAAGUAUCA